GUACGCUGUGUCUCUCGGACACAGCGGAUCACCGAUCACGGAAAGAGCCGAAGAUGUCGGCUCGGUCAUGUGAUCAGCUGUGUCCAAUCACAGCUAAUCACAUGGCACUGAUGAUCAGUGUGCCCUGAUGAUCAGUGUAGCCCCAGCAGUGCCACCUGUCAGUGUCCAUCAGUGCCUUAUGUGAGUGCUCAUCAGUGCCUUGUGCCAGUGCCCAUCAGUGCCAUAUCAGUGCCUACCAGUGCAAAUCAAUGCCACAUAUCAGUGCCUAUCUGAGCUGUCUUUCAGUGUCACCCAUCAGUGCCAGUCAGUGCCACCUAUCAGUGCUGCCAAUCAGUGCCACCUAUCAGUGCCAGUCAGUGCCGGCUAUCAGUGCCAGUCAGUGCUGUCUAUCAGUUCGCAUCAGUGCUGCCUAUCAGUGUCAGUCAGUGCCACCUAACAGUGCCAGUCAGUUCCGCCUAACAGUGCCAGUCAGUGCCGCCUAUUAG